AUGCAGUAUUCCCAGAGUCCAGGUAACAUUUUGAGUAUUGUGCUCUCUGCUCCCUACACCUCUGGCUGGGUUGGUAUGGGAUUUUCGAAUGAUGGAUUGAUGGUUGGCUCAAGUGCGAUGGUUGGAUGGAUUGGAAGAGCAGGCAAAGCACAUAUCAGACAGUUCUACCUGCGCGGCCAGUCCAGUUCUCAGGUUAUUGUAAAUGAGGGCCGUUUGCUGCGAAGUGGUGUUAAGCGUGUUCUUCUUUACGGUUCAAGCAUAUAUUUGGCGUUUCAGUUGAAAUUUUUAGCUCCUGUUGCUGAGAAGAAGCUCCUCUUUGCCUUUUCAAUUGAAACUCCUAAUGGUUUCCACCUCACAAAGCAUGAUGAUAAAGUCUCCAUUACCUUCGACUUCUCAGCAGGAUCUUCAUCUGGCUCCUCAUAUCCCUACAAACUGAAAAGGAAUCAUGGUGUAGCUAUAUUUGGCUGGGGUGUACUGCUACCUAUUGGCGCAAUAAUUGCAAGAUAUUGCAAAGAGUGGGAUCUCCUAUGGUUUGAACUUCAUUUAGCAUUUCAGUUUGCUGGAUUUCUCUUUGGGCUUGCUGCUGUGGUUACUGGAAUUUCACUGUACAACAAAAUACAUGCAGAUGUCAGAGUUCACCGAGGAAUCGGCAUCUUUCUCCUUGUACUCGGUAUCCUACAAAUUCUUGCAUUUUUUGUUCGCCCUGACAAAGACUCGAAGAUCCGCAGAUACUGGAAUUGGUACCACCAUUGGGUUGGGAGACUUUUACUCUUCUUUUCAGCAAUCAAUAUUAUUCUUGGCAUCAAAGUUGGUGAAGCAGGAACUCCCUGGAAGGUUGGAUAUGGCUUUAACCUCACGAUCAUCUUAUUAGGUUGCAUUUUUGGAGAGAUCAUGUUAUGGGGUAGAUUAUCAAAGAAACCUGUAGCUGAUCCACCUUCUUAAUGUUGCAGAGCUUUGAGAGCAAGAUAGAUGAUUCUUCUUUGUCACAAUUUGCUUUAGAUUAGUAUUGAACAAUCUACACAAAUGAUCUCUUUCUGCUUUCUUUGCCUCCGUAAUUAUGGUGUGCUGGCCUGCGAUUGAGGAAGCUAUGAUGGAUAUCACUGUUUGUCUCUUUCUUAA